GGGAUGAAUUAGGUAGCCGUGGACGGUCGGCUCGUGGCAUUCAGCCCUGCAGCUGGGGGAAGGAAGGAGAGGGAGAGGGUGAGCUGCUGCAGAAUAACAGAAAACACUGGAUGGUGAGGCUAUGAAAGGCUCCAGUAGAUAGAUAGAUUAUUAGGUACGGGUAUUGAAUACACCAGAGUAGUAGUAGCAUUCUAGCUGUAACCAGGCUACCUCCUCUCCUCUUCAACGGUACCACAUUACAUACCGAGAGAGAAGAUGGGUUAUGUCUGUGACGCUGCCUGGACACAAUCCGGGAACAGACCUGGAGACGCUGCCGCACUGCCUCACAGCUUUUUUUAGAUGGCUCACACAUCUGGCACUCGGAAAACAGGUGUCAGGGAAGUGUCGUCACGAACCCCGGAAGCCGGAGGUGUGAGACGCUUCAGCGGAGAGCAAGAUGGCAGCGAAAUCCGAUGGUCGGGGGGUCAUCCGGGGAUUCGCCCAGCUGCACAACCUGGACGAGGUGGUGGGGACCGGCGAGGGCGACCCGAGGGAAGGCAGCUCCUUCCACAUCUGCCACUGCUGCAACACCUCGUCCUGUUACUGGGGCUGCCGGAGCGCCUGUCUGCAUUACCUCCACGACAAGAGGAGAGGCGGGGGAGGACAAGAGGACGCACGGACGGGGCGGCCUCAGCAGGUGGAGCGCCUCUGGCUGGACUGUCUGUGGAUCAUCUUGGCCCUGUUCGUGUUCUUCUGGGACGUGGGGACGGAUCUGGCGCUGGCCAUCGACUACUACCACAAGCAUGACUACCUCUGGUCCGGACUCACCCUCUUCUUGGUGCUGGUGCCCUCGGUGCUGGUCCAGAUCCUGAGCUUCAGGUGGUUCGUGCAGGAUUACACCGGGGGUGGUCUGGGCUCUGUGGAAGGGCUGAGCAACCGGAGAGCUACGGCAGGGCUGAGUGCACAGGGAAGGGACAGGUGCUGCCUGCUCUCUGUGUGGCUGUGGCAGACCCUCAUACACAUCUUCCAGAUGGGACAAGUAUGGAGGUACAUCCGUACCAUGUAUCUGGGCAUCCAGAGUCAUCGUCGGAAGGAGAACCAGAGGCGGUUCUACUGGGCCAUGAUGUAUGAGUACGCCGACGUCAACAUGCUGCGUCUGCUGGAGACCUUCCUGGAGUCAGCUCCUCAGCUGGUCCUGCAGCUCUGUAUCAUGAUCCAGAGGAACCGGGUCGAGACCCUGCAGUGUAAGAGACAAAGGGGUUCCCCAGGGCUCUGUGUGGGGGUUAUGUAAUAUAUUAUUAUAUUAUAUUAUGAUUCUAUUUUAUUAUAUACAUUAAAUAUUAUCAUAUUAUAUCCGGAGAAACCAGGCCGAGACGCUGCAGAUUUAGAGGGGUUCCCCAUGGAUCCGUAUUGGGACCACUCCGGUUUUGGUUUGACCUCUUCCACCGUUUUUGUAAAAAAAAAAUGUUGUUGGAAUAAGUUAAUUCCUUGUUGAAUAUAUUGAAUCUUAUAUAUCUGUCAUCACAUUUGAUUUUUUGGUAUUUUAGUUUGCUUCAAUUCUCAGUUUGACGCGAAACUUGGAUUUCGAUAUUAACCCCUUGCAAAGUUUUUUUUGAAAAAAUGUUCAAUCAAAAGUGUUUAAUGUGUGAAAAUAGUAUGUGAAUGUUACAACAAAUAACACAUGUUGAGUCUCUGUGAAGGCAACUAUAUCACAGCAGUGUGUUGUGCAGCUCAGUUGACGUAAUGCUGGACCAUUUUUCACAUUGCAGGUGAUAUGAGAGCAUCGACUGUACUGCUGAUGUUCAUGCUGAUGUCUCGAUCAACAUGGACUGUCUUAGGGAAGCAGGACUGGUGUAGUAAACAAGUAUUGCUGAGACUGAGAAUGUCCUAAUAUGGACACCGUAGUAGUGUGAUUCAACCAGCCAUAAUAUAUCUGAAUAUCACACUAUAUUUAGAGUUUAAUUUUGUUCACUUUGUCACUGCACUGUACACGGAUAAGCACAUUUAAAUGUUAUAUUUUAAUAUUUAAUUUCAUAGUUUAGUUUAGCUAAAAUUACGUGAUUCAUUUGAUUGUCCGUUGGUUCAGGUUAUAAAUUAAUUUUAAAGUGUGGAGAUGAAUUAUUCAUUAUGAGUGGAAAACAGUUUGACUGUCCUGCAGACAUUGAUUCCCCAUUUUCCAGCUCUCUCGGCUCCAAACAUUCUUACUGGACUUACUGCCCUGUUACACAGAAAUAGUCACCUUUUAUUCUCUCUCUUUCUCUCUCUCUUUUUCUAUCUACCUUCUGGUGCUC